AUUCUACAUGUUGCAGUAUCUCUGUGCAGUGCCAGGACCCGUCUUGCAAUAGCAAGGAGAGGCUGUGCUUUGUGUGUUUUGGUGUUAUCCUUCCUCUGCACUUGGUAUCCUCUCUGGUUUAAGAUCUUUGUCUUUCAGAACCGGAGGCCGUCUGUCUAUCUCCCCACGCGGGAGUACCCGUCUGAACAGAUCAUAGUCACUGAGAAGACAAACAUCCUCCUGCGCUAUCUCCAUCAACAGUGGGACAAAAAGAACGCCGCAAAAAAGCGAGAGCAGGAACAAGAGCAGGGAGAGAGCCCGGCGCCACCGAGGAAAAUCGCCCGGACAGACAGCCAGGACAUGAACGAGGACAGUUAGACAGCACGUCCGCAGUGCGCCGGACAGACACGCAGACAAACAGAAUGUCGGAUAGAGAGCCAGGACUUGGGCAAAGCCACCUAGAAAUAGUUUUUUUUUUUUACUCUUUGCAAACGCUUCCCCUUGUCUCGGUUCUUUUUCCACAGCACUGCUCAGCCUUGGACAGAAGGGGGCACCACAAGCCCUUUCUGCUGGGACUCUUACUGGGUUUGAUUUGAAGUGGUCUGACUGGAAGAGGAUUGUUGGGAACACUGUUUUUUGGGGGUUUUUUGAGCAGCAGCAGUGCCCAGGCUAUGUUUAAGCUGAUCAGCAAACAAAGACAUUUGUAUUUUUUUUUUUUAAUUGGGCUGUUAUUUGUUAUUAUGAGUUUGCUAACCUGUAAGUGUUGGAUUUAAAUGUUUAUUUUUAAACUAUGGCAGGCCAACUGCCUGUAAGUUGCGUCUAAGUUCUGGUUUUAGACCCGGAUUUCAUUCCUGAAUGUGGAAGGAGCACUGAGCCAGGAUCGGGAUGUAUUUCCACUGGCUAUAGGCUCCUGCAACACGUAGUACUGAAAUUCCACCUCCAGUCUCUGGGAUUGACCGUUUUCAGUUUUAAAGAUCUCCCAGCCCGUAUUAAGCCCAAUGCCCACCUGUAAGUCUGGCUGCCAGCUUUCUGAAGGAAGCACAAGAAUAAAGACCAGCUUUGAUGCUGUUUCAUGUCCAGAUUGUGGGUGUUUUUUUUUUUUUUUUUUUUAAGAAAUAUAUAAAAUGUUGAGAUUUUAAGAUGCAAAUCUAGUACUAGAGAGAAUCCUUCAGUUAUCUUGCAAGUAAGUGAGUUUUGUGUGUCAAGCAGUAUUUUUCAGUGGCUAAUCUUGUAUGUGCAUAUUACAAACAGUCAAACAUCGGAAAUGGGACUUGCCAAGUGCUCUGAUAGCUUCAGUUGUCCUCCAUUCCUUGAGACGCUCGCAAAUCUUAGAUUCAUUUGUGCCUCCAGUUUUUUACUGAGCUAAAAAUGUGUUCAUGUGAAUUUCAAAGCUUGGUAACAUUUUGUUGAGUAAAAUCUCUUAAUAAAGCUCUCAAAUUAAAAAAAAAAAUUAUAAUUUGUUCACAUUCAUCACCCAUAACUAUAAAACAUUCAGUGGCGUUGUUUGUAGCAACACUAAAAGCGUUUUGACUAACAAGUCUUUCUCAGUGUCUUCAGUGUGGCACAUUUUUAACUGAGCAAAACAAAAACCGAAUAAAAUAAUAACCUUCGAGAAAGUUUAGUCAGCUAGUCCCCCCACUCGCCCCCCUUGCAAAAC